CGUAUCCAAUUACGUAGUCCUUCUCGGGAGGGAGACAUACGAGAAAAACCUCGUUUGCCACGAAUUCCCUCAACUGAAAUAAGGGAACGCUCGAUAGCUGUCUUUCUUUUCUCGAGUAUUGCAUGAAAUGUUUCUAUUUCAUCAAGGGUAAAUUAUUCUGGUCAGUUGAGCCUUUUUAUCUGAAGGAUCUUACUCUGUGAUGGACCAUUGGAGUUUUUUGUCGAAUGCAGUAGUGAGUCUUGUAAAUCAUGGAUGUGUGACCACAACAUGGGAUAUGGAUUCUCCUUCAGUGGAAUCAGGAGUGUGAAAUGAUGAUUGCAUCACAAUCCGGCCGAACUGGCUUUUCUAAUCUUAAUCUCAAGAAUGAACGACAACACUGAGCCAAGAAGAAGCAGUUCUAUCAUGCCCUCAACACAGAAGAACCCUAUGGGUGUUGGUGAGUGAAGAAGGCAGGACAUCUCGCAGCCUUGAAGGAGGCUGGUGGCGUUUCCCUUGAACACAACUUGGAUCGUGUGUUUGGACUCCACAGCAGUCCGCAGUUCACCUCUUGGUUCUAGAUGGAGGACUCUGUCUGUUUGUGAGCCUGACCCAACGUCCUGACGGGAGCACUGUCUGAGGAAGAGUAAACAUGUCCCUCUCUACGGUGCUGGCGAAGGCCCUGUUUGACAAUGCAGCAGAGAGCCCUGAGGAGCUGGCCUUCCGGAAGGGGGACAUCCUGAUGGUUCUAGAACAGGAGCAGGGAGGGGGUCCUGGCUGGUGGCUCUGCUCCCUCCAUGGGCGCCAGGGCAUCGCCCCCGCCAACCGCCUCCGCCUCCUCCACACCACCCCGGGGUCUGACCCCCGACCCCCUAGCCGCGCCCCCAGUGAAGACUCCGUGUACCUCUCCCCUGGCCCCCUGGCCCUCACAGCAGUCUCCACGGAGGACAUAGACGGCGUCUACCGCACCCCACCUAGCCUGGGGGAGGCCCUGUACCAGAGCCCAGGGGCGGUGCCUGUUGCCUCUAGACCAGGGGUCCUCCGACAGGCCGAGGUAGGGGGUCGCCCACGCUCCCGCUCCAGCUCUGGCACACGCCCCCUACCCGAUUGGGACGGGGGGGUGACGGGGCGCCCGCGCUCUCCUUCCCUCCGAGGCAGAGAUGUAGACUCAGCUGGGACUCUUUACCAGACCCCCUCCACCCCCACACUUCUUGGGCCCCAGCACCACAGAUCACCAGGGGGUCUGACUGGAGCCUCUGGCCCAGAGAAUGUCUAUCUGGCCCCCAGUGGGAUGCCCCGGGCAGUGGGUCUAGCUCCAGAAGGGCCAGAGGACAACACCUACCUUGUCCCCAGGGAGACUGUAGCGGCUGCAGGCCACUCUGACAGCUGUUACCUGGUCCCCAGAGGUACUGUACUGCCCAGCGAGGAGUUCUACCAGACCCCCACAGGAGGGGCAGCAGGGGUGGCCGUGGCGACCCAGGUUACCCCCAUCGCUACCAGGAUCCUGGAGACUCAGAGCCUCACCCCUUCACAGGUCAACGGGGACAGGGGGGCCCCCCUCAAGCCCCUCACCCCUCAUUCCAAACUGGCACAGGGCACCCCUGGGAUGAUGUACCAGACCCCCACCCAUGUGGGAGCAGGGAUUCUCAGGAAUCCACCCGUCCCUGCACUGGGAUCCCCCAAACCUCAGCUGAAAGGCGUGAUCCCAGGAACCCCCAGAGGUCAGAGUGGUGUGCCCUCCACCCCUCCCAUCGCCAGGGGGAAGCUAGCUCCGGCUACCCCCGUCAGGGGGUCCCCCUUGCUGGCCAGACCAGGACAGGGACAAGGCAGAGUGCCCAGGUCACCAAACUUUGCCCGUAAGCCACCUCCUCCAGCCCCUCCAGUGAGGGGUGUCACCAGAAAAGACUUGCCCCAGCCUGGAACCCCUGUGUCCACCUCUAAGCCUGCCAUCUCCACCCCCCAGUCGACUCCUGUACUCUUGCAGCAGGAGAGCAAGGAUGGGAGGAUGACAUCGGAUGAGAAGAAGAAGAAUGGGCAGAAUAAGAAAGGAGAGGGCAGAGAGUAUGCAGAUCCUGAUGACGAGAACCUCGACGAACAGGUGUAUGAUACUCCUCCCAGCAGUAGGUGGCAUCGGCAAGCCCCAGCAGCGCUGUGUGACGACGAGAACAUCUACAACACCCCCCGCUCCCUCCCCCCACACACUGACCUAGAGUCAGAGGUGUACAAUGUUCCCACUAUAAUACUCAGCACGUCAUCAGACCCCCAACAGCAGACCUACAACGUCCAAGCGUCUGUUACAACUGCUGAAUCAGAGGAGGACGUUUACAGCGUUCCCUCCCUUCCUGGCCUACCUCUGGCCCCGGGGGACAUGUCCACCAUCAUCUCCCUGGAGGAGACGGAGCACGGCCAGGUCUACUCUGUCCCCGGCCAAGGGAAGAGAGCGCCGCUGGGUGAGGGCAGCGACUUGGGCUCCACCUCCGAGCCGGACUGUGGCAUCUACAACAUGCCUGCUCUCACCCUUGACGUCUUGCCCUCUUCGGCGAUGUCAACGUCGUCUUCCACACAUAGGUUAUCUGUAUCCAGUAAUGGGUCUGGUGACAUCCAAUGGAGAACCUCGCUUUCCAGUCUUGUCCAAUCGGUGCUGAGCACUGCCUCGGGUGCACCCGCCUCCUCAAGGGACCUGGCUACCUCAUUGGCUGAGAUCCUGUCCGUUUGGAAGUUGAGUCAACCCAGCGAGGUCCCUCCCUCUCUCCAACUGGCUUGGGCCCGCCUCUCAGAUCUACUUCCUGCUUUGUCUUCCUGUGGCCAUGCCCCUCCGUCAGACACCCUGCUCUCUAUGGUCCAACGGGCGCUGGAGGAUUCCACCAUCCUGUUACAGACGCAGGGGCGGCCCCGCCUCCCUUCCCAGGACUCCCUGUCCCGGAGACCCCUACCAGCCCUUCCCGUAGCGGACAUCAAACCCGUAGGGAGUGGUAUGGGACCACGCAAGAGUAGCUGGAUCCAGGAAAGGCCCUUACCCCCGACCCCGCAGCCAGCGUUCCCCCUGCCCCUCGCACAACCCUCCAUGACCAUGUCCAUCACAGUAGGGCAGAGCGAUGGAGAGGAAGAGAUGGGGAACGAGUACGCUGGGAUAGGUCUGACUCCCGCCCCGACACCACUUCCUGUUGGAGACAGUGUGGGAUACGUGAAGCUGCAGGGAAAGCCAGAGCCUCCCUCAGAUGUCCAGACGGAGAAUGUGUCAAACCAGACUGCCCACACCACAGAGCCUAGGUUGAGCCCCUCCCCUCCUCUACCCAUCUCUCUCUCUCUGGAGGACUCUGAGCUGCUGUCCUUCUACUCGUCUCAGAGCCUGUCCCACCUCUCCUGUCUGGCCGACUCCAUCGACGUGCUCUUCAACAGUGUGCAGGGGAACCAGCCUCCCCGCGUCUUCGUUUCCCGGGGGAAGAGUCUGAUCGUGACGGCGCACAAGCUGGUGUUCAUCGGGGACACGCUCUCCCGCCUCCUGACCUCUCCUGACCUCCGAGCAAAGGUCACAACCUCAGGGGGGCGUCUGUGUCAGGCCCUGAAGGCUGUCGUCGUGGCUACAAAGGGGGCAGCACAAAACUAUCCAUCGGUCUCUGCCACCCAGGAAAUGGUGGACCGCGUGGCAGAGCUGUCCCAGCAUGCCGCAGGAUUCUCCAGCCUGCUAAAGCGCCUCGCAGAGAUAUCUUGACAAUAUUUCUUCAACUUCUCUUCUUGAAAUGCCUUAGUCCAGGGUUUCCCAAACUCGCUCCUCUGGACCCCAAGGGGGGCACGUUUUGGUUUUUGCCCUAGCACUACACAGCUGAUUCAAAUAAUAAAUGAAUCAUCAAGCUUUGAUCAUUUGAAUCAGCUGUGUAGUGCAAGGGCAAAAAACAAAACGUGUACUCCUUGGGCUCCCGAGGACCGAGUUUGGGAAAUGCUGCCUUAAUAGUUGAUUCAAUGUGUGGUCUUUUUAAUUGAAUGGUUUGACAGUGACUUGGAAUCAUUGAUUAUCAGUGCGGAAGAAGAACUGAGAUCUGUGCCUCAAAUUUGUCAUUGAGUUAGAUUUUGUGUGUGUUGGUUGGGCUUUGUUUUUAUACUUACUGACUUCUGUGCUCUUAGUGCCAACUGCCAAGCACAGUUGUCUCGUUGUGUGUCUAACUUAUUUGAUUGAUGGAUGUUUGGUUUUGCUCAUGUUUGAACCAGGUUUGUGACAUUAUUGAGUGUCCCUUUUGGACCACCGUAUUAUGGGAGACAGCCUAGUUCUGGUUGGUUGCCAUACGUUCCUCUUCCUUUGACAUUUGUUUUCUUAACUUUGCAUCCUUAUUUAUUCGAAGUAACUCUCCACCCCCCACCCCCCUCUCAAAAAUUGCAAGUGUGCCCACAUCCUGUUUGUUGCGAUGGAGGAGAACAGGGAGAGCUGGAUGAAGGUGCAGGUGGUGGGUCUGUAUAUAAAUGCUGUGGCAGAAUUACUGUGUGUUUCUGCCUGGUGUUGCAUUGCAGAUUGUGUAAAACUUGUAUUAUCCAGAGGAUGUUGACCAUAGGAGCUUGCAAGAUGACAAGAUGGCUACUCUUUUACCCCUUCAGUUUCCUAGCUUGUAGUCUGGAAGAGGGGGAUUGGAAAGAAGAUUAAGAAUUCUAUGUGGGACUGAGAUUGGUUUCAAGUAACCUGUUGUUGGAGUGGUGCAAGAGCGGGCUCAGUCAGGCAUGCCCUUUCCCACGGUUGGGCCAUCGAGGGGGAAGAACCUGUAUUCCAACUUUUACCUGUCUACACCUGUCUCCCUUUCCUCUCGCUUUCUCACACAUAUUACACCUUCCGUCACACACCCUCACUUUCCUACACAGUCCCCGACAUGUUGUCCAAAGGACGAGAAAGAAAGGGUUGUCUUUUGUCUAUGCGGGUAGCUCCCAGACAGACAUGCUGGUGUACUGUUGCCUGUCUGUUUUCUAUUCGACUCUAUUGUCAGUGAGGCAUCCAUAGCAGACAGGUGGGUUGCAGACUUGCCAAAUGGGGUAUUUCUGUAGUGCGUGUGUAUCUCCAUGAAGUUAAUCUUUGUCACCAUCGCCCUCCUUAAGUCAAUGCUUAAACUAAUCUUCUGUGCCCAAGUAUUGCUCCUACCUAUCUCGUUCCCUGUAGCCUCUGAUAGGCUAGGUGGAAGUAUCGCCAUAUUGCUUCAUGGGCUACUCUUACCCAAUCCUCUCAGAUCCUAAUAAUAAGUGCAUAGGGGGCUAAGGUAGGAUUGGGGCGCAAGUUUCUAGGCUUUCCUAUUGUUGAAAGACUCUAAUCGCACCCUGCAUAUAAAUGCUGCCACCCUUCCUAGUAUUGCUGUCUGACUCUGCAGCAGUGGUAUGUAUGUUGGUGAUAGGAGGGUGAAAUGAACAAAUAUGCAUCGGUGCCAAAAAAAAGUACGAAGUAGCUUUGUCAUACACUAGUGUUUUGCCUUUGUGCUCCCCCUAGUGGAAAGUAGCAGGGUUUCUACAGAAUGCCUGCCUGCACAGUAAAGUCAUGUCACAUCCAUAGCCGGAGGGCCUAAUAAUAGAAAAGCGAUCAUCAUAAUUAAUAACAAUUGUAUUUAUUUAUCAUUUUUUCCUAGUGGCUUUGUGAUCUGCAUGGCUUUAAGUUGCUAUAUUUGUUAUAUAUGCACAUUUAACCAGGGAUGUUUUGACUUCACACCGUGAAUUCAAUUUUACUACAAUGUUUGAAAAGAACAAAUGGAGAAGAGCAGUUAGUUUGAUUAAGCUAAAUUUGUUUUUUGCCUUUUUUGUACCAGAAUGUAUUUUUGAAAGCUUUUCGUGUUGUAUUUUUUUUUUUUUUACACUAAAGUUAAUUUGUUGGGAAUGACCCAAUAGCUAUUUAAGGCAUAUGGAUCUAUCCAGUCUACAGUUCAUGUAAGUUGAACACUACAAUAAGUCAUUUGACUCUGUUCCCUUCUAAAAUGUACAAAUACAUUUUUACAAUUACA